CCCCGCCUGGCUCUCACGCGCACACUCCACCCCUCCGACUCAGGCCAGGACGCGCUUGCACAGACGCCUGACGUCAGCACUUGGCCCCGCCCCUCACAGGAAGGCGAGUGGGGGCGGGGCUGGCACGGCGCGAAUCGCGUUUGUUUAGUGGUGUCCGGCCUCGGAGCUCGCUUGUCCCUAGCGGAGCCCCGUACGGCGCCCUCACUCUGUCAUGGAAGGUGCCGGGGCCCCCUCGGAGACCCGGCGCUACGCUCACCGGCGGGGUGAGCCCGACAUGGACAGGGGGCUGGUCGCUAUGCUUUCCAGGUCUGGAAACCACUGGAACAAGUAUUCACAGAAACAGCAAAGAAGAUUGCAACCUCUGUUGCCUCUUCUCCUUCAUCCUGUGUUCCACAAAAUGAGUUUUUCAUCCUACUAUAAAGGAGGAUUUGAACAGAAAAUGAGUAGACGAGAAGCUAGUCUUAUUUUAGGCAUAAGGUGGAUCUCCCUACUUAGCAACAAAAAUAAACGAAGCAAAAGAUUUGUUAGACUCCAGCACCAAAAAUUAAUGUCCAAGGACUUCUGUGAUAGAACUUUUUAUACAUUCCUUUCUACUGAAAAUCCUGUAGAUAUAUUGUGCAAUAGCUACGUGCUGCUCUAUAUAGCUGCAUAACACUGGAUCAAAUAGUCAGUUUUCUAUCUUCAUUAUUAAAGAUCUAAGACUAUUUAAAAAGCAAA